AUGUACUAUUUGGCUCAGGAGCAAAGCAGGAACGGGCAGAUGUCUUCCGUAGGUCCUAAAACCAUUCAGACAACAACACUACCAGCCUCUAUCUAUCUGAUCGGACCGACCCGUGUUUUACUAGGAAACUCUCCGACUUGCUAUGAUCUGCCUCUUUUGAAUGCCAGCCCAACAGGGAAUGUUGAACCUCUACCUACGAUUCGACCUCACAUUGACUCAUCUGCAAAGGCCAGGAGGCCUGAACUUUGCAUCGCCGCAACAUACCGAAACGUUGUACCACCUAGAAACCAACCAUUCCGUGGCCAUCCCUAUCCAGACCAAGAUAUAGGAGACAGAUAG